AUCAAAAAGACUUUCUGACACCUUACGACGUGUUAGAAAGCGUUGGGAACGUGAUAGUAGUUAUCCCGCUUGGAUGGGCAAAGACACUCUUGAUAAACUUCUGGUCUAUUGGGAUUCACCUCAAUUUAAAGCUAAGUCUGAAAGUGGCAAAAAAAUGAGGGCAUCUGAAAAAGGUGGGCACGUUAAUGCUGGUGGAAGUAUAAGCACCUACGAACAUAUGCGACGCAUGGAAAAGAGGUUGGGGAGAAAACCACUCAUGGUUGAGUUAGUUAAGGAGACUCGGACGAAAAAGUCGGGAGAGUAUGUUGAUGAGCGUACACGGCAAGCUUUGGAGGAUUAUCAAGAAUUGCUUGUACAAUUUUUGGUCGCUAAUCCCAAAUAUACUCCUAGAGAAGGAGAGCCGCUUCAUCCAGAUGUUGAUUUUCAUAUUUGGAAUGAAGUCAUUGGCGGAAAAGGUUCUAAUGGAUGUUUUUUUGGUGGUGGAAGUAUGGCGGGAUGCUUGAGAAGUGGUGAUAGAAAUUUAUUUGAAAGAGUUAGAGAUGGGGAAGGAUCGUCACGCCCAACACAAUUGUCCCCGAAAAUGAUGGAAACAAUAAGACAAUUGGCGGUAAGUGAGGCGAGACGCGAGUCAGAGCAACGUGAGACGGUGUUAAAAACCCAAUUAGAGGAGCAACAACGGCAAAUAGAGGCAAUGACGAAGAAGCAAGCGGAGAUGGAGGGGCAACAAAGACAAACAGAGAUAAUGGCCAAGAGGCAAGCGGAGAUGGAGGAGCAAAUGCGGCUAUUUAUGCAAUUUCAUGGAAGCGGUAAUCAAAUGUUUGGUGGAAAUGUUGGCGUUGGUGGUGCCUCGACAAAUCAACAAGAUAAUGAUGAAGAUUUAAACCUUGAUGAUUUUCCCGAUCCAGGAGAUACUUAA